AAUCAUGAAAGGAUGAACAUUUUCCCAAUGAUGUCACCGAGGAUGGAGAAGGCGAAGGCGUAUAUAAAGAGCUCGCUAAGCGCGUCGCGGCCGGCGUCCCCGCGCGACAAGCCCGCGGCGCCCGCCGAGGACGCCCGCGUGUGCUUCGUGUGCGGCGGCGCCGGCUUCAACGACCAGUACACCGUGCGAGUGAAGCCCGACCCUCAGAGUACCGAGCCAUACUUCCCCUUCCUCGGCGCGCACGCGCCCCCCACCGGCUACCGGGGCGAGAGCACGGACGAGGAGGGCACCGUGCGCUGCUGCUGCGUCUGCUACACCUUCCUCCGGCAGCAGUGGGAGCAGUACGACCGCGAGAACAAACCCCACAGCCAGCGGUUCUACUGGAUGAAGCGGCUCGACGGCAAGCCGUUCAUCGGUGCGGACAUGUCCUUCCAGGGCGAAUAUGCGGCGUCCGUGCUAGGGCUGGGCGGGGACGCGGCUCGAGAGGAGCCCGCGGCGUCGCCCCGCCCCGCGUCGCGGGCGCUCUACCCGCCCGACGCGCCGGCGCCGCCGCCCGCGCCCGCGCACCGCCCGGACAAUGCGGAUCCUAAGUUUAAUAAUAACCAACGGUUCCCGGCGAACAACUCCGCGGCCAACGGCGUGGCGGCGGAGGAGGAGGUGCUGGACCUGCGCGCGCGCGACCCCUCCGUCAUCUCCGUGGGCUCGCAGCACUCGGGCGCCUCCGAGACGCAGGGCUACCUGGACGCCGUCAGAUCAACAGUAUCCGUGUACUCGGGCAACUCGAACUCGAGCUCCGACCGCGACAUACUGGACCUGUCCAUGCCGGACAAGAACUCCAUGACUGAGGUGUGCUACGUGUGCGGCGACGAGUACAAGCGCGGGACGCUCUGCAACCUGCACACCAAGGAGCCCAAGGACAAGAGCAACUCCAUGACUGAGGUGUGCUACGUGUGCGGCGACGAGUACAAGCGCGGGACGCUCUGCAACCUGCACACCAAGGAGCCCAAGGACAAGAGCAACUCCAUGACUGAGGUGUGCUACGUGUGCGGCGACGAGUACAAGCGCGGGACGCUCUGCAACCUGCACACCAAGGAGCCCAAGGACAAGAGCAACUCCAUGACUGAGGUGUGCUACGUGUGCGGCGACGAGUACAAGCGCGGGACGCUCUGCAACCUGCACACCAAGGAGCCCAAGGACAAGAGCAACUCCAUGACUGAGGUGUGCUACGUGUGCGGCGACGAGUACAAGCGCGGGACGCUCUGCAACCUGCACACCAAGGAGCCCAAGGACAAGAGCAACUCCAUGACUGAGGUGUGCUACGUGUGCGGCGACGAGUACAAGCGCGGGACGCUCUGCAACCUGCACACCAAGGAGCCCAAGGACAAGAGCGACCUGUCCAUGCCGGACAAGAACUCCAUGACUGAGGUGUGCUACGUGUGCGGCGACGAGUACAAGCGCGGGACGCUCUGCAACCUGCACACCAAGGAGCCCAAGGACAAGAGCAACUCCAUGACUGAGGUGUGCUACGUGUGCGGCGACGAGUACAAGCGCGGGACGCUCUGCAACCUGCACACCAAGGAGCCCAAGGACAAGAGCAACUCCAUGACUGAGGUGUGCUACGUGUGCGGCGACGAGUACAAGCGCGGGACGCUCUGCAACCUGCACACCAAGGAGCCCAAGGACAAGAGCAACUCCAUGACUGAGGUGUGCUACGUGUGCGGCGACGAGUACAAGCGCGGGACGCUCUGCAACCUGCACACCAAGGAGCCCAAGGACAAGAGUGUACGGAGGACGUUGGGAAGGAUGUGA